AUGCCUUUUCAUUCUCUCCUGCUAUUUGCGGCGUCCUGCGCCGCGCUCGCCAUCGAUCCCAAUGCCCUCCAGGCCCGCCAGGCGGCAGCAGUCCAAGAUACAUUCAACAUCUACGUCUAUGGGAAGGGGAUAAGUGGGCUUUCUCUCUUCUACGCAGACGGCAAGUACUCCGCCAAAGCACAAAUCGGCAACGCAGCCCUAUCCACCGCAAAGACAGCCCAACCAGUCUACUUUACCAUCUCCGAAACCUCCCAGCAUUCCUGGAUCGCCCACCCUAACAACACCGAAACCAACGCAACCGCCGCGUUCCAAACUAUGGCGCUCUCGCUCCCAGGUACAAACUCAGACGACAGGGAUGUUGCGUUCAAGCAGCCGACAACGACACAGCUUCAGUCACAAGAAGCCAGUGUCUUCGAGUUCUACGGGGACUACGUGAUGACCAACAAGAACAACACAAACUUCUACGCCGUGCCGACCGACGCGGACGGUGUGUAUUCGCUGGUAUGGAGCGACGUCGCGUCUGAGAAUAUCCCUGUGAUUCUGAGAACAAUGGCCCCAGUCACUGAGGCACCGUUCUAG